UGCUGCGUGCAGCACAUGAGUUUGUCUUCAGCGUUGGAGUUGGACUGUAUGUGUGUAUGUGGGUUACUUUGCUCGCAGUGUUUGGCAGGGUAGUGCAGUAUUCAUUUUCCUCUUCCAAAAUAUUUUUUCUCAGGUUUAUCUCCAGAGUAGUCUGCGUCUCGAAAAUGGGCAAAAAGAACAGAAACAGACAGAAAAACCAACAAGACAGGAACGGUGAACCCGGAGGAAGGAGUGGAGAUAAUGCUGGCUGGGGAGCUGGAUAUGCUGAUAUUAUCAAGGAAAACAAACUUUUUGAACAGUAUUAUCAAGAGCUGAAGAUUGUUCCAGAGGGAGAAUGGGAGCAGUUUAUGGAGGCAAUGAGGGAACCUUUGCCUGCCACGAUUAGGAUUACAGGCUAUAAAAGCCAUGCGAAAGAGAUUCUUCAUUGCUUGAAGGAAAAGUAUUUCAAGGAAAUACAAGAUCUAGAGGUGGAUGGCCAAAAGAUAGAGGCUCCACAGCCACUAAGCUGGUACCCAGAUGAGCUGGCAUGGCACACCAACAUGAGCAGGAAAAUUCUGCGGAAGUCACCCCUGCUAGAAAAGUUUCACCAGUUUCUAGUUAGUGAAACUGAAUCUGGCAACAUCAGCCGACAGGAAGCUGUCAGUAUGAUCCCUCCUCUGCUUCUUAAAAUAGAGCCUCAUCAUAAGAUUCUAGACAUGUGUGCUGCUCCUGGCUCAAAGACGGCACAAUUGAUUGAAAUGCUACACUCUGACAUGGAUAUUCCCUUUCCAGAGGGUUUGGUUAUUGCCAACGAUGUGGACAACAAGCGUUGUUACCUACUGGUUCACCAGGCAAAGAGAUUAAACAGUCCUUGUAUUAUGGUUGUAAACCACGAUGCUUCCAACAUUCCGAGGCUUCAGAUAGACUGUGAUGGCAAAAAGGAUAUUCUUUUCUAUGACAGGAUUUUGUGUGACGUGCCUUGCAGUGGUGAUGGGACUAUGAGAAAGAACAUUGAUGUGUGGAAAAAAUGGACAACAAGCAACAGUCUUCAUUUACAUGGGCUGCAGAUGAGAAUUGCAGUCCGUGGGGUUGAGCAGCUGGCAGUAGGUGGAAGGAUGGUCUAUUCUACGUGCUCUCUGAACCCUAUUGAAGAUGAGGCUGUUAUUGCAUCACUGCUGGAGAAAAGUGAAGGUGCCUUAGAACUUGCUGACGUUGCCAGUGAGGUGUCUGGAUUGAAGUGGAUGCCUGGGGUUACAUCCUGGAAGCUCAUGACUAAAACUGGUGAAUGGUAUACAAAUUGGUCAGAAGUACCACAGAACAGACACACACAGAUCCGUCCUACAAUGUUCCCUCCAACUGAUCCAGAAAAGCUCAAAGAAAUGAAGCUGGAGAGGUGCAUGCGGAUACUUCCUCAUCACCAGAACACAGGAGGUUUCUUUGUGGCUGUGCUUGUUAAGAAAGCCCCAAUGCCUUGGAAUAGGUGCCAUCCAAAGCUUGGGAAUAAGACGACAGAGCCAGCAGCUGAAGCUGAAAAGACCCCUGCUGAAACUGCUGAUGAGGCAGUAGAAGCUGCGAUGAAGGACAAACCAAAGGACCUUGAGGCCUCUAGGGAGAGCACUGUCAAGCAAGAUGGAGUGUGUGGCCCUCCUCCGUCAAAGAAGAUGAAGCUGUUUGGCUUCAAAGAAGAUCCCUUUGUGUUCCUGUCUGAGGAUGAUCCUGUGUUCCCUCCAAUCCAGAAGUUUUACAACCUUGCACCCAACUUUCCCAAACUGAAUGUGCUCACUAGAACUCACGAGGGGAAGAAACGAAACCUGUACAUGGUAUCCAAGGAGCUCCGAAACGUACUGCUGAACAACAGCGAGCGCAUGAAGGUUAUUAACACAGGUGUUAAAGUUUGGUCCCGUAAUAAUGAUGGGGAACAGUUUGGAUGUGCCUUCAGGCUUGCGCAGGAGGGCAUUUAUACUCUUUACCCAUAUAUUAAUGCCAGGAUCAUUACUGUCAGUGUAGAAGAUAUCAAGGUGCUUCUGACACAAGAAAACCCCUUCCUCAGCAAACUGGAAGCACAGUCACAUGCACAGGCUAAGCAGUUGGGUAUGGGAAGCAUUGUACUGAGAUAUGAGCCUGACCCAAAGAAUCAAGAUGCUCCACAGUGUCCCAUUGAGCUGUGCGGGUGGAGAGGAAAGACUUCCAUCCGAGCCUUUGUUCCGAAAAAUGAACGCUUUCACUACCUCAGAAUGCUGGGGGUCGAGGUCUUCCGGGAGAAGAGACAGGAUGACCGUUCAAAAGCCAAGGCUGAGGGGGAGGAGGGAGGUGGUGCCCCAGAUUCCAUGACCAUGGAAACGGAGGUGGAUGGUGAACAAAGUGUGGCACCCCCAAAGGCUGAUACAGAGAAACUGAAACAGCAGUCUUCCACUGACUCAAAAACAGAGAGCACUGAUAAGAGCCCUGAGUCUGCUGAAACUAAAUAGGGAAAACAAAUCAUUUGCAAGGCAGUAGCAGUGCCAUUUUAUAUUCUGUACACUUGUCAAGGUGCAGUUGCAAGACAGUAAAAAAGCAGAGUAAGGAAAAGCUGUUUUUAUUACUAUCUGUGUGGUUUUGUACUGUAUUGUUUGCAUACUUCCAACCUUAUGUUUUGAACAAAGGAGUCAGCCCGAAGAACUUGAUGAUCUGCCUUCAAAGCAUACAAAAAGCAGAAGUACAAGCACCUUCCAUUCAGAGAAUAAUUUUUAAUUCAAAAGUGACUACUUGAGUGGUCAUAAUGACUCUUAAUGUCUGUUUUAUUAUAAAUUGUUUAUUCCAAGUUGUUUCUCCACAUAAAAUAACUUCUAAAGGCAAAUGGAAAGCCUAAUUAAAUGAUCACAGUGACUUGCCGUUUGACAAAUAAAAUACAAUACUUUAA